AUGAUUAAAACAAUUUUCUUAAUAAUUAAAGCAUACUGUUUAAAAGAGUUAUUAACAAAAGAUAAUAACUUUGGAAUAGUAUCGUAUGUAGAGAGCUCAGGAAAUACAGUAAAUUACAUUACUAUGAAUUGUUUAAUUAUAGGAGAUGAAUUUGUAGCACUAGAUAAUUCAAAUAUCCAAGCUAAUUUAGAAAUAGUAAAUGAAAAUACAAACAAAGUUAUUUACAGUGGAACUAAACCAGUAAAUAACUCAAACUUUUUCUUCACAGCGCCAGUAUUAGGAAAGUAUAGAGUAACUUCCUCACUUACCAACAUAGAAAAUUAUGAUGAACAGUUUGCAAUUGAAGUAAACAUUCAUGUUGGAAGAGAAGGAUCAACAAAUAUCAUUUCAUUUGGAGAAGUAGAAGUAAGUAGAGCGGGAACAAUAAUUGAGUCAAUUUUCCAGUUUAUCUAUAGAAACUUUUUUAUUCAUAAAUCUGGUUAUGAAGAUGAAAUGAUAUAUAAGAGUCUUUAUGAUGUAAUAUUUUUUAGAGUUAUCAUAAUGAUUGUUUUAAAAAUUACAGUAGCUUUAUGUACUUUGAUUUAUUCCAACAAGAUGACAAAGCAAUAUUUUACACAACAGAAAAUUGGUGAAUAA